AUGGCCCUUCUCCUGCUGCUUCACGUGGUCCUGGUGGCGGCGGCGGCGAAAGCUCCGGCGGCGCAGGCGUGGGGAGUGGAGGGACACUACAUGGUCUGCAAGAUCGCCGAGAGUUACCUGACGAGGGAGGCGUCGACGGCUGUGAAGGGGCUGCUGCCGGAAUCCGCCGGCGGUGAGCUCGCGGCGGUGUGCUCGUGGCCUGACACCGAGCGGCGCCAGAACCCGUGGUCGGCCCCUCUGCACUUCGCAGACACCCCGGGAGACUGCAAGUUCAGCUACGCCAGGGAUUGCCACGGCACGAACGGAGAGAAGGACAUGUGCGUAGUCGGAGCCAUCAACAACUACACCGCCGCGUUGCAAGACUCCUCGUGUCCAUAUAACCGGACGGAGAGCCUGAUGUUCCUGGCGCACUUCGUGGGCGACGUCCACCAGCCCAUGCACUGCGGCCGCAUCGCCGACCUCGGCGGCAAUACCGUCGUCGUCAGCUGGUAUACGAACAAGACCAACCUCCACAAGGUGUGGGAUGAGAAGGUCAUCGGAACGGCCAUGAACAGGUUCUACAAGGAUGACCUGAGCACCAUGAUCGGCGCCAUCAAGCGCAACCUUACUGUGGUUGAAAAGAACAAGUGGGAGGCGUGCCCAAGUCGAGCAACCAGUUCCAGUUGUGCUGACAAGUUCGCCGAGGAGAGCGCGGAGCUGUCGUGCCCGGCGUACGUGGGUACUGAGCAAGGCUCCAACUUGGAAGAUGAGUAUUUCUUCAAGGCGCUGCCGGUUGUUCAGAAGAGGAUUGCGCAGGGAGGUGUGAGGCUGGCGGCCAUCCUCAACCGGAUCUUCAGCGGGAACAAUAGCAGCGCGCUGCAGAGCAUUUGA